GUAGUUGGGCCCUAUAUACUUCGUAUGAAAGACGAAAAAAUGCCAAGUCAGCCAUCCGUCGGCAUGCGUAUACAUUUUCUCUCUCUACAACUGAAGAAGGCUCACCGCUCCGGUGACGAUGACUCCCGAUUCUCCUUCCAUCGUCCGUCUCAACAUCGGAGGGAAGAAAUUCUGUACAACACUUGAUACAUUGACGCAACGCGAGCCUGAUUCGAUGCUCGCGGCGAUGUUUAGUGGUCGCCACACUGUUUGUCAAGAUCCUGGCAAGGGUUAUAUCUUUGUAGAUAGAGACGGUGAACAUUUUCGGCAUAUUUUGAAUUGGCUACGGGAUGGUGUGAUUCCAAAUUUAAAGGACUCCGACUAUGCUGAACUAAUACGGGAGGCCGAAUACUAUCAACUACUUGGGCUGAUAGAGGGAAUAAAUACAGCUUCAAGUAAGAGGAAAGAAGAGGAUGAGACUUCUGAGCUAACUCGACGAGAUAUUAUCAAGUGCAUACAGUCGGAGAGAGUUAAAUUUCGAGGGGUGAAUCUUUCUGGGCUUGAUCUCUCUAAAUUGGACCUUUCAUAUGUGGACUUUAGCCAUGCUUCUCUUAAAGAUGUAUUUUUCUCCCGUGCAAACCUUCAAUGCGCAAAAUUUCGGGAUGUGGAUGCUGAAGGUUCUAUCUUUCACAAUGCUACUUUGCGUGAAUGUGAAUUUACUGGGGCAAAUCUUCGCGGAGCGUUACUGGCGGGUGCCAACCUGCAGAGUGCAAACCUGCAAGAUGCUUGUUUAAUUGAUUGUAGUUUCUGUGGAGCAGAUCUGCGUUCCGCUCACUUGCAGAGUGCAGAUCUUACUAAUGCCAACUUAGAGGGAGCCAAUUUGGAAGGGGCCAACCUAAAGGGGGCAAAGUUGACCAAUGCUAAUUUAAAAGGAGCAAAUCUUCAGCGAGCUUAUUUACGACAUGUCAAUCUUCGGGAAACAGAUUUGGAAGGUGCAAGGCUUGAUGGUGCAAACUUGCUUGGAGCAAUCCGAUGACACAAGCAUUCUGCACAUACUGUGCACUUUUCUAUUUAAUAGUUCCAAGUCAAGUUCAAUAUGUAUAUUGAAAAUGUUCAAUUUCUGUUGAUUGUGCUCAAAUCCCCAUUGUCCAUAUGAUUGCUGAUGGACCUUGGACUGAUAGAUCUUUUUCAUUUGUAUAGUUAAGGAAUCUCUCUAUGCUCAAUGUCGAUUAAGUUUUAUCCUAAAUUUACUCCCCACCGUAAAGUAUAGUUGAGAAACCAUAUAGCAGCGCUGCAGCGCGAUAUGGUCAACAAUCAAGUCUUUGGUGUUUGCCCCUUGGCCGCCGAGGUUGGCUUGUUCCUGCUUAUGUUAGCUAAGUUGUAAGUUUGUAACCAAAUUUGCAUUGAAAGUUCUAGUUAAAAUCUCACUAUGAUAACAUCAACAACAAUAAUACAUUAAUUUCUCUUCUCA